GCCCACAGCGCGCGUGCGCUUUUUAGAGAAACAUGACAACGACUCGCUCGGUGUGUUUACUCUGCAGAAGCUUCUUGCUGAGGGACCAACCAAGCGUCGCUUGCCUCCCCUCACCUCCCAGACUAGCUCAUACGACUCGUGAGAUUCUCCAGGUGUCCCAGUUGGUGCGGACUCUAACAGCAAACGGCGACAGUGACCAACAAGACAAAGAUUAUUCUCUGGAAACUCAACAAUUCGUUUCCAGUCUUAUCUCCAAAGACGCCCUCCGGCUCCUACCCCCGUGCAGGUUCCCCGGAGAGAUAGUGAACAUAAAACACUCGGAGACGGAAGACAAAUACACGGACGAAAUCCGCCAGCUUGUGCAGAAUGGGGUGCUCGGAUUCGACGUAGAGUGUUCUCCAGUCAACAACAGGCCCAUCGUUGUCGGGCUUGCAUCACGUGAGCUCUGUGUCCUGUGGCAGGUGAGUAGGUCGGUGCCAUUUCCCUUCGUACUCCACGGGAUCCUCUCGUCUCCUCGCUACCUCAAAGUCGGCCAUGGCUCUUCGGGAGACGCAAGAGCUCUUUUGAACUACUAUGCAGUCAACAGCAUCAGUGUCUUUGAUACACACGAGUUCUUAAACUCGCUGCCGGAGCACCUUCGACCACCGCUGCUCAGCCUGCAGGGACUGGUGGGAGUUUUUCUGGGACAGUGGCUCUCUAAAAUGAUGAGCCGCUCAAACUGGAGUAGGAGACAUCUGUCGUGGAAACAACUGCUCUAUGCCAGUACUGAUGUCUGGGCUUCUCUGGAGGUGUACCUGGCCCUCAUGAAGUAUGCCAGUGACAUUGAAGUUAUUCCACCUUCACCAGUGGAGUGUACUCUGAGGAUCUGCAGGUCCCAGCUAGUGGAACCACUGGAGAGGGCACUCGGAGAAAACGUGGUGAGAUCUGAGCAGGCAAGAUUGGCAGUUGGGGAACUGGUUACCGGGGCAACUGACUCAUCAUCAACUCGUGUUGACCUUUUGACCUCUCUCUCCCACCCUCAAUGUGCACUUAGUACUUGACUCUGAUAUAGGCCCACAUUGUUGAUGAUUAUUGAUUGCGAAGACCCAGUUUUGUGGUUUAUCCAUAGGUGCUAAUUAAUAAUUUACAGCAUGGAGAUUAAAUUCUAUCA